CGGAGCUCAGACCCCAUUUCCUCUCUGCUCUGGCGGUGGUGGAGCCCGCCUGCCUCGGAGACCCCGGCGCCGGCCCACGCGAGCCUCGCGCGCCAGGCCAGCGCUGCGCCCGGCCCCGGCGGCGGCAUGGGCGGCGCCCGGAAUGCGGUGUGGGUGGCGGCGGGCCUAGUCCUCGGGGCGGGAGCCUGCUACUGCAUUUACAGGCUGGUGCGGGGCCAGCGGCGAGGCGGCCGCGAGCUCGGGCGGCGCCCCUCGCGGUCCGCAGAAGACUUAACCGAUGGUUCAUAUGAUGAUGUCCUAAAUGCUGAACAACUUGAGAAACUCCUUUACCUGCUUGAGUCAACUGAGGAUCCUGUAAUUAUCGAGAGAGCUUUGGUCACUCUGGGCAACAAUGCAGCCUUCUCAGCUAACCAAGUCAUUAUUCGUGACUUGGGUGGCAUUCCCAUCAUUGGAAGCAAAAUCAACAGUCCCAACCACAGUAUUAAAGAGAAAGCUUUAAAUGCGCUGAAUAACCUGAGUGUGAAUGUUGAAAAUCAAGUAAAGAUAAAAGUGUACAUCAAUCAAGUCUGUGAGGAUGUCUUCUCUGGUCUGUUGGACUCUGCUGUGCAGCUGGCCGGACUGAGAUUGUUAACAAACAUGACUGUCACCAAUGACCACCAGCACAUGCUUAGCAGUUACAUCACAGACCUGUUCCAUGUGUUGCUUACAGGAAAUGGAAGCACCAAGGUUCAAGUUUUAAAACUGCUCUUGAAUUUGUCUGAAAAUCCAGCCAUGGCAGAAAGACUACUUGGUGCCCAAGUGGAUUCAUCAUUCCUUUCCCUUUAUGACAGCCACGUGGCAAAGGAGAUUCUUGUUCGAGUUCUCUCACUAUUUCAGAAUAUAAAUAACUGCCUCAAAAAGGAAGGCUGUUUGGCUGCUCAGCCUGACUUCACUAAAGGUUCACUGUUUUACCUGUUAUAUGGAGAAGACUGUGCCCAGAAAAUGAGAGCUUUAGUUCAUCACCAUGAUGUGGAUGUGAGGGAAAAGGUAACAGUACCAAAAUUCUAACCAGUUGGUCGGUCAUAUUUUAUCAGAGUCAUGCAGACUGGAAGUAAUGCACAUCAGCUUACUUUUUCAUCUUCCUUACAAAGGGAUUUUUCAGCUGCUGAAUUAAACACUAAAUAACAUGUUCCAUCAUUAACACAGCUAUAAUUUGCCUUGGUCUUCUGGUUUAUUUUGGAUUGUUUCAUUAAGACCAAACUAACAGAAGAACUUGUUCUGAAACCUUUCUUUUCUGCUGUUUGCUGAGAUACUUCAGUCAUUUCCCUGUGUGAAGUAACCGACCUUUUUAUGUGAUUUGAAAUGAUUGCAGUUACUUGUCUGAGGCAGCGUGAGUGUGGGAUGAAUUCGUUGUUUCAGAACUACCAUCAGAAGGACUUAGUCCGUUUAGCAGGGAUGAGAUCCUGAGCUCUCGAGACCACCUGCCAGCCUGGCAUGCCGCUUUCAGGUCUUUCCUAAUCAUAUUAUUCUCGUCAAGGACAGCUGUAAACAUUUAGAAGAAAUGUUUCCUAGUACUCAUUCACUGCCAUUUGCUGUGCCAUUAAGUGCAGACACUAUGUAUGAAAUACUGGGAUCAGUCAAAAUGCCCAUCCAUAGGUAAAGUCAGUCACCUGCUCUUAGAAGAACAAACGGGUGAAUGUGCCGACUAGACUCCUGGAAGUGAGGCUGAAAGUGAGAAAAUGACUUUUCUGCAUAUACCUUCUUCCACUGUUUGAUUUUUUUUACCAUGAGCAUAACCUUUAUAACUUUUUUUAAAUAAAAAGGAAAAAACUCACAAGGUUCUACAUGUAUUUUCCCUUUAGAGUACUUUAUUCAUUAAUUUUCCUCCAUCUUUCAUUGGUCUAAAAUUACAAUAUGAAAAAGUUUUAGCUAUUUUUUAAUAGUAUUUUUGUACCAUAAGGGUACUAUAAUAACUUACUGAUAUAUUUGAAUUCAGCCAGGUUUUAUAAUACUCAGGUUCAUAAGCACCACCAUCCUUAGUAUUAAGUAAAUCAGUAUGCAGGCAGCAGCUUUACUAUUCGGGUAUUUGAAGUAAAGCUGUAAGAGUACUUUAAAUUUCAUUUGUUGGUACAUAGAUUUCCAGAGGAAGUCACAAAUCCUCACACAAAAGAAUGUGCAUUGUCAGGGUUAUCCUGAUACAGAAAUCAAACUUGGAAGAAAAAUUUACAAUAGAAAAAGGAGUCAGUGUUAAGGUGAAAACACAGAUAGUCCCACUUGGCAUACAGUAGCAGUGUACACAGGAUGGUUAAGAAUGAUACUUCAGAGUGCUGCAAAUGCAUUAAUUCCCUGAAAGGCACAUUUCUUUAUAACAACUUUUUUAAUUGGCCUUAUUUAAUGAAAAUAUGUACUCAAAAUGUACACACAUUAAAACCAGUGUUUGGUUUCAAUAUGCUUUAGCAACACUAGAGUCUAAAACUCCCAUCUAAACCUUUCUUCUAUUAGUUUGAAUGAACAAUCACAUUUCCUGGAGAUUAGAGCUUGAGACUGAAAUGUUAAAAUGCUAGAGAAAUGGGGAGUCAUUUUUUACUACCCAGAAAGAAUUACAAAGAGAAAGUGCACUGUUUAUCUUUAUGUAGAUCAUGGCACAUGUUGGCUUUUAUUAGGUGCGAUUUUUCCUAAUUGAUGGUCCCACCUUCUUGGGCAGUGAGGAGUAUCAAAGUGUUCCUCAGUUACCACAGGAGAAAGGGAAACUUGAAUACAAUCUUACAAGUUGGUAUAGAUGCCAGGUAAUCAAAGAGGAAAAUGAAAUUGACUUAGAGGUAAGACAGAUUAAAAGGUAUUCAACAUAUAUUUGGAGGGAAGAAUGGACUUGUCUUAUCUUUCAAAAUUUGUUUUUGCUUUACACAUUAACCCUUCAAAAUGGACAACAAGUUAAAAGCUGGAAACCACUAAACAGAGUAAGAUUCUACAAAGGUGAAGCUCAAUGUACUUCUUAACAAAAUGUCAAGUAGAAAGAAUAUGAAUAGUAGUAAAUAUUAAAGCUUGUGAAGAGGCCUAGAAAAAUGAGGCCCAAUUAAGCAGAUUUAGAACAUAAAGUGCUCAGAGACUCUCAGCGGAGCAGUACCUGCAAAGACAAAAAUAAUGUUAAGGCCAUUCGUGGAGAAGUAAUUAAGCAAGAUGUGCUUGGCUUGGCUUGCUGCAGAGAGCAGAGGUAAGAUGAUUUUCAGUUGAGCAUGCAACAGCAAGGAGGGGGCCAGACCACUGGCUAGUACUGGGGAAAUAUGCCCCAAAGCUAGUCCACUACAAAUUUUACAUCUUCAUUUCUGUCCACUUGCUAAAAUGUCCCUUUGCAGUGAAAAAGUAUGCUUGUUCAGUUUUUUUCCUGGAAGUUUGUUUUAUGGGGAAAUUUUUUGUGCUUUAGUAUCACCAAAUCACGUUCACAUACAUUACAUACACAUUUCUCCUUAACUGAUUUGCAUCUUUGUAGAUAAAUGUAGAUUUACAUUUAUUUUGGCUAUUACUCUCCAGAUUUAGAUCUACCUGUGUUAGGCAGUGAUAAAUAAUUUUUCUCCCUUAGAUUUUCAAAGUGCUUUUU